AUAGCCUACUGCAGUCGGCCGUGACGGUCUGCAGCAUAAUUCGGUGCGGUCCGACAUCUCAGCUAUACCGUACAAAGUGUAUAAUUUAUCGCGUAAAUGUCAUCGUYCGGCAGCGCGAAGACAGSGGAAKACGCCGCCGAGACGCCGUACGCAGUAGUCGAGUCGACGGAACUGGGCCGGCACUGGGUGGCCACUCGAGACAUUGCGGCCGGCGASGUGCUCCUCGAAGAACGGCCACUGGUCGUCGGGCCCAAGGCCGGUUCGCAGUCCGUCUGUCUGACGUGUUACGCACCCACCACGGGUUACAGGUGUUCGACGUGUGGAUGGCCAGUAUGCGGGCCACGGUGCGAAACGGCGCCCGUACACCGUGACGCCGAAUGUCCGCUGAUCGGAGGCCACUACGAUAGCCGYCGGUCGGCCGCAUACUGCUUUGUGAUGCCGCUCCGUUGCAUGCUGCUACUGCACCAGCUGGACGGACGCCGGGCCGCUGAGUUCCGUUCGCUACAGUCGCACCUGGACGACAGGCUGGACACGCCGUUGUAUCAAGCUUACGCUGUCAAUGUGGCCGCGUUCGUGCUGGACCGUUUGGGUCUGCGGUCGGCUGGCCACAGUCACGAUCACCGGUCUGCUCUUGAGGCGGCUGCCGUGCUUGAUACCAACGCGUUCGAAGUCCGACGGCCCGGUGGCCGAAAGUUCCGGGCCCUAUACACGCGUGCUUCAAUGAUGGCCCACUGUUGCACGCCRAACACCAAGCACGUGUUCGUCGGCGAUGAGGUCGACGGUCAGCCGGCCAUUCGCGUGGUGGCCACGGUGCCCAUAGCCCGCGGAUGCCCCGUCACGACUACGUACACGCAGACUCUGUGGUGCACGGUUGACCGACGCCGUCACCUAUGGGCCGCAAAAUUUUUCGAGUGCGCGUGCGCGCGAUGUGCUGAUCCCACGGAAUUGGGUACGCACCUGGGCUCAGCGGCCUGUGGUGGUCGUGGUGAUGAUAAAAUAUGUUCGGGUGGUCGGGCUACAGCUGUGGGCCAGUGGCUAUGCGCCACUUGCGGACUACUCGCCACUGACGUCGAUGCGGCCCACGCGCUGCAGAUCGUCGGAGCGCUUUCCAAGACACGAGACUGCACCGGUUUCGAACGGUUCCUGGAACGGGUCCGCGACGGAACGAUGCUACCGCUGCACAAUGACCACCACGUUACGGUUAGCGUUAAGUACGCAUUGGCACAACUGUACGCCGACCGGAUUUCGGAUCUGUCCGCAAUUCAACUAGAAAACAAUACAGAUAUAUGCAAGCAACUUUUGCGGUUGUCCGACGUCUUGGAACCGGGAAUCACGCGAUUCCGAGGGAUAUUGCUGUACUACAUGGUGCGUGGUCUCAGACAGCUGAUGCAGAUGAAACACAGACGGUGCUACGACGAAAUGAUCAAGAAUUACACCAAAGAAGCGAUCGUCAUUCUGAAAACCGAACCCGAUCUAGAGCAUUUGGUUGAACAGCUACAAUGACAAUAACUAUACGGCCACUAUCAAAACUUUUAAUUCAAAAGUAUACAUUUUUCCCCCUAUGGUAUCGAGGACCGAAGAAGGAACUAUGUUGCCAAUACUUCUCCUUAUCAAAAGUAUACUAUGGUGAUAGUAUUAUAACAGUGUUCCGUUUUUGUUAUAAUCGAUAGUUAUUUUUUGUUAUUGAUUAUACUGUUGCGAUAAUAAACCAUGAGCGCAACGCUAUAGCGACUUAAAA